GGGAGGCCUGGGUGCCCUGGGGAGACGGAGGCUAGGGGAGGGAGUCAGGGAGGGCAUCUACUGAGUGCGAGUCACCAGCCUCUUCCUGCCUGCCUCUGUCUUUCCAGUCAUCAGUCCCAUCCCAGGAGCCUUCCAGGACUCAGCUCUCAGUCCCACCCAGGAAGAACCUGAAGAUCUGGAGGGGCAAACUGAAAUGGGUGGAGGACGGGGCGUCAUGCUGAGUUACCUGGGCUUCUGGAGUGGGGAACCUGAGGUGGGCUUUGACUUCCACGGCUCCCCGUUGCAGACUGCGGGCUCUCUGAGCCCUCGGCCCGCAUCGUGGGGGGCUCAGACGCGCAGCCGGGCACCUGGCCUUGGCAGGUGAGCCUACACCAUGGGGGUGGCCACAUCUGCGGGGGCUCCCUUAUCGCCCCCUCCUGGGUCCUCUCUGCUGCUCACUGUUUCAUGACGUGAGUAUUCGCCCUGGACCCAGCCCCUCUCCGCCAAAGGCCAGCCGCGCCCCCGCAGUUGAUCCCCUCCUCCCGCCCCACUUCCGUCCUCAAGGAUAAUUUGGAGCCGAGCUGUCCCCAAAGCGAGGUGCUCUUCGAGGCAUCAUGGUUCCGAGUGGGGCAAGGCUGCCGUACUGGUCCCACCACUCCACUGAAUAUCCGAGUCUGAAUCCCAGCUUUCCAAUGACCCCCCACCACCACCUCAAGAUCGGAUUUGCCCUUAACCCUUGAGGAGUAUCAGCACCAAAUCUGGAUCGGAUAGCACCUGCCCCUCUGGCUCUGAGCCCCUUCCCCCCACGAGGGUCUGCCCCCUCCAUAGGGUCAACCUAACCUCCUACUGCCCCGGCCGAGCGCAGGAACGGGACGCUGGAGCCCGCGGCCGAGUGGUCGGUACUGCUGGGCGUGCACUCCCAGCACGGGCCCCUGUACGGGGCGCACACCCGCGCAGUGGCCGCCAUCGUGGUGCCGGUCAACUACAGCCAAGUGGAGCUGGGCGCCGACCUGGCCCUGCUGCACCUGGCCUCACCCGCCAGCCUGGGCCCCGCCGUGCGGCCCGUCUGCCUGCCCCGCGCCUCACACCGCUUCGCGCACGGCACCACCUGCUGGGCCACCGGCUGGGGAGACGUCCAGGAGGCAGAUCCUCUGCCUCUCCCCUGGGUGCUACAGGAAGUGGAGCUAAGGCUGCUGGGUGAGGCCACCUGUCAGUGUCUCUACAGCCAGCCCGGUCCUUUCAACCUCACUCUCCAGAUAUUGCCAGGGAUGCUGUGUGCUGGCUACCCAGAGGGCCGCAGGGACACCUGCCAGGGUGACUCUGGGGGGCCCCUGGUCUGUGAGGAAGGUGGCCGCUGGUUCCAGGCAGGAAUCACCAGCUUUGGCUUCGGCUGUGGACGGAGAAACCGCCCUGGAGUUUUCACUGCCGUGGCUAACUAUGAGGCAUGGAUACGAGAACAGGUGAUGGGUUCAGAGCCUGGCCCUGCCUUUCCAAUCCAGCCUCAGAAGCCCCAGUCAGAUCCCCAGGAGCCCAGGGAGAACUGUACCAUUGCCCUGCCUGAGUGUGGGAAGGCCCCGCGGCCAGGGGCCUGGCCCUGGGAGGCCCAGGUGAUGGUACCAGGAUCCAGACCCUGCCAUGGGGCACUGGUGUCUGAAAGCUGGGUCUUGGCACCUGCCAGCUGCUUUCUGUACCCGAGCACCUCCGACAGGCCGCCCCGCGACCUCGACGCCUGGCGCGUGCUGCUACCCUCACGCCCACGCGCGGAGCGGGUGGCAAGCCUGGUGCAGCACGAGAACGCCUCGUGGGACGACUCCUCGGACCUGGCGCUGCUGCAGCUGCGCACGCCUGUGAACCUGAGCGCGGCUCCGAGGCCCGUGUGCCUACCCCACCCGGAACACUACUUCCUGCCCGGAAGCCGCUGCCGCCUGGCCCGCUGGGGCCGCGGGGAACCCGCGCUUGGCCCAGGCGCGCUGCUGGAGGCAGAGCUGUUAGGCGGCUGGUGGUGCCACUGCCUGUAUGGCCGCCAGGGGGCGGCAGUGCCGCCGCCGGGAGACCCGCCGCACGCGCUCUGCCCUGCCUACCAGGAGGAGGCGGAGGCGGGCCACUGCUGGAAUGACUCGCGUUGGAGCCUUUUGUGCCAGGAAGAGGGGACCUGGUUUCUGGCUGGAAUCAGAGACUUCCCCAGUGGCUGUCUACGUCCCCGAGCCUUCUUCCCUGUGCAGACCCAUGGCCCAUGGAUCAGCCAUGUGACUCAGGGAGCCUACCUGGAGGACCAGCUAGCCUGGGAUUGGGGCCCUGAUGGGGAGGAGACUGAGACACAGACUUGUCCCCCACACACACAGCAUGGUGCCUGUGGCCUGCGGCCGGAGGCUGCUCCAGUGGGGGUCCUUUGGCCCUGGCUGGCAGAGGUGCAUGUGGCUGGUGAUCGAGUCUGCACUGGGAUCCUUCUGGCCCCAGGCUGGGUCCUGGCAGCCACUCACUGUGUCCUCAGGCCAGGCUCUACAACAGUGCCUUACAUUGAAGUGUAUCUGGGCCGGGCAGGGGCCAGCCCCCUCCCACAGGGCCACCAGGUAUCCCGCUUGGUCAUCAGCAUCCGGCUGCCCCGGCACCUGGGACUCAGGCCCCCCUUGGCCCUCCUGGAGCUGAGCUCCCGGGUGGAGCCCUCCCCAUCAGCCCUACCCAUCUGUCUCCACCCGGCGGGUAUCCCUCCGGGGUCCAGCUGCUGGGUGUUGGGCUGGAAAGAACCCCAGGACCGAGUCCCUGUGGCUGCUGCUGUCUCCAUCUUGACACCACGAAUCUGCCACUGCCUCUAUCAGGGAAUCCUGCCCCCUGGAACCCUCUGUGUCCUGUAUGCAGAGGGGCAGGAGAACAGGUGUGAGAUGACCUCAGCACCGCCCCUCCUAUGCCAGACAGCGGAAGGCUCCUGGGUCCUCGUGGGCAUGGCUGUUCCAGGGAGCCGGGAGCUGUUUGCCGCCAUUGGUCCUGAAGAGGCCUGGAUCUCCCAGACAGUGGGAGAGGCCCACUUCCUGCCUUCCAGUGGCUCCCCACACUGGCCUACUGGAGGCAGCAACCUCUGUCCUCCAGAACUGGCCAAGGCCUCAGGAUCCCCGCGUGCAGUCCACUUCCUGCUCCUGCUGACUCUCCUGAUCCAGAGCUGAGGGGCUAGGGUCCCGGCGCCACUUCCCCCUUCUACUUCCCACCCUCUACUUCCCGCCCAGUGUGGCUGGAAUGUGGCCCAGCCGGCUGGAACCUCAAGGGCCCCACCCACCUAGAUUGCAGCGGCUCGGGCUAAUUGGGCCUCAGUGCCCGGGCUAUUUUGAACCCAGGAAUCCUUGGGGGUGGCGGGAGGAGCGGGACAGUAAAGGUGUAAACACA